AUGGCGGGCGGACACAUGAAAUACCGCCACCUUAGCCGGUCGUCGUCGCAUCGCCAGGCGCUCCUGCGAAACCUCGUCACGUCCCUCUUCAAGCACGAAUCGAUAGCAACAACAUGGCACAAGGCCAAGGAGGCACAGCGCCUGGCGGAGAAGCUGGUCACAUUAGGAAAGAAGAAUACAGAAGCAACACGGCGGAGAGCGCACCAGAUAUUCUACGAACCGAAUGAAAUGGUACCCAAGCUGUUCGGGCCCAUAAGAGAGCGCUAUGCGAGCAGACCCGGUGGUUAUACACGUGUCCUCCGUAUUGAGCCGAUGAAGGAAGACCAGGCAGAAUCAGCCAUCCUGGAACUUGUCGACGGACCGAAGGAUAUGCGCUUCGCCCUCACCGCGAAGACUCUAGCGCGAUUACCGGCCGAUCGACAGUUCACACCAGGGGUAGCAAGUCACGUCAAGAAAGUUACGCAAUUCCGCGAAGAUGGCGUCGAGGAUUUGCGGGAAAUGGUCGAGCGAAUGCGGGUGGAACAGGACAACGGAAUCGACAAUAGGAUAUUACCAGCGCCUAGGAAGGUUUAUCCAGAGGAGAAGAUGAAGAGAGACAUGCACUACUUUGAGGACGUGGACAACUACAAGCUUCCCAAUGCGCUGUCAAAGCGGAAGUCAGGGAGCAAGCAGGAGGAGCAGCAGCAGUUGGAGGUAGACAUCGUAAACGAGGAACCCAGCAAGCAGCUGGCAUGA